GGUUCUGUGGCGAGACAUGUUCGAUGUCAUCGUUAUUUGUGUCAUUUACUCUUUCGAGGGUGUGGUGUAGGGCAAGUCAUUUGUACAUGCAUCCAUUUUCAUAAAAGGUCACGAUACGUUCUCUGAAAUCGGAUUGGUUGUGACUGUUUAAAAUCUAGCAAGAGUGUGGAUAUGUCAGCUGUGUGACAGGUUACAUAGCAGAUUGAGUGCAGACGAAUAAAAAAGAAAAGAUAGCUAGGAGUAUUUAUCAGCAAGCAAACAUAAUCUUCCUCUUCUGUUAAAGUAUGCCAGGGGAACACUGUGUAACUAUAUAUGCUGAGUUCAAGUUCAAGAAGUUGCAUUACCGAGGUUACAGACAUGUCAUUGGAUCAUAUGUUUUGCUCUCGCUGCAGAGAAGGCUUUGCUGCACAUGAGAAAAUUGUUAAUUCACAUGGCGAGCUAUGGCAUCCGCAAUGUUUUGUAUGUGCACAGUGCUUCAGACCAUUUCCAGAUGGGGUCUUUUAUGAGUUCGAGGGUUAUAAAUAUUGUGAACAUGAUUUUCAUGUUUUGUUUGCCCCAUGUUGUGGCAAAUGUGGUGAAUUUGUCAUUGGCCGUGUGAUCAAGGCUAUGAAUUCAAAUUGGCACCCACAAUGUUUCCGCUGUGAAGAAUGUAAUGGUGAACUAGCAGAUGCAGGUUUCAUCAAGUGUCAAGGCAGAGCAUUGUGUCAUACAUGCAAUGCUAGAGUGAAAGCUGGUGUGCUUGGAAAACAUAUAUGCCAUCAAUGCCACGGAGUAAUCGACGAUAAACCUUUACGAUUCCGCGGUGAACUGUAUCACCCAUAUCACUUCAAUUGUACAACUUGUGGUGUGGAACUUAAUUCCGAAGCUAGAGAAGUUCGUUCACGACCUGGCUAUGCUGCGAACGAAAUGAACGAGCUAUAUUGUUUGCGGUGUCACGAUAAAAUGGGAAUUCCGAUCUGUGGCGCUUGUCGACGUCCCAUUGAGGAACGUGUUGUAACAGCUCUCGGCAAGCAUUGGCAUGUGGAGCAUUUUGUCUGCGCAAAAUGCGAGAAGCCCUUCUUAGGUCACCGUCACUACGAGAAGAAAGGUCUCGCUUAUUGUGAGACUCAUUAUCAUCAGCUAUUUGGGAAUCUGUGCUUCGUUUGUAAUCAAGUUAUCGCGGGAGAUGUUUUUACGGCGUUAAACAAGGCAUGGUGCGUUCAUCACUUCGCAUGUGCAUUCUGCGAUCAGAAGAUGAAUCAGAAAACGAAGUUCUUCGAAUUCGAUCUGAAGCCAGCCUGUAAAAAGUGUUACGAUAAGUUUCCGCAAGAAUUGAAGAAACGAAUGCGACGUAUGUACGACUUGAAUCCCAAGAGAAUACCGGCAUAAAUAUGAAAAUCCAGCUUGCACGAAUCUGCAAAGAUAACGAGAAUACUCGUUCGUUGCGUAUAAUGCCUUAUUCCUCGAUGUCGACGUAAAAAAGAUAUAUUUAACCGUCUACCGUAAUAUAUUAUUGGAUACUAAUUUUUAUACUGAUAAAGAUAAUAUUAAUAGAAACGAUUCUUCUCACUCAUAUGAUAAAAGAAAAAGAGAAAGAAGGAAAAAAAUAAGAGCUUAACUAUAACGUUAAUGUACUUAUAAGCAUUUUUUAAUCUCUUGGCGACACAAUAAAGUUUCGUGUAUAAGCUUA